AUGGCAAGAAAAUCAGCUCCGAUAGAUGCUAACGGCCACAGUCGCAGUAUCGAGUCUAUCAACAGCUUAACGCGACCACAAUUGUAUGGUAUUUACGACUCAGACAUCACUAUAAGCGAGGAUAACGAAGUAUACGAAGAAGCGAAAAAAUCCCUGGGACGGUUUCCCAAAUCUUGGACAAGAAGCAAUGGCAAGACAAAGCAUCAGUCAGGCCUCCAAAAAACGCUGCGUUUGUUGUGGUCUUUGUCGCUGCUGGGGGUUGCUGGGAUUUCGUAUAACGAGCUCAGUAAGCAAUUGCAUGACAAUCACGAACUGCAUGCAAAGCUGGCUUCAAGGCCAUUAGCUUUGGGUGUGGAAAUUUGCAGAACGCUGAGUUUCGGAAUGGUGCCAACAUGGCUGGCGUACGCGCUGGAAGGUGUGCUUUUUGGCUCUUUGCUACCUCUUAUCGAGACUUUGGGAGGCCACCCAGUGCAAACAACGACUUUUGCCUCAUUCUUGCGCUGUGUCAACGCAACUUUGGGCGUUGCAUUUGGUAUUCGCAAAAUAGAAUGGAGCUCCUCAUUGCAGGCUAGCGGUGCAUGGUUUCUGCUCAACAUUGUUCUUUGGAUGUUUUUCGAUGGGACGCCGUCAAUGCUGCUGGGAUGUUCGGGCAUUGGCACAAUAGCCACUAUCACCUGUUACCGCGACGUGACGGACUAUUCACAAAUGUUAUAUUUCAUGGACUUUUAUUUCUUGGGUCUACUACUAUUUGGAAAGCUUGGAAGGUAUCUCUACGGACAAAAAGCUUAG